AGCUUAUUACUAUUUUUACAUUUUAUAGUUUAUAGCGAUUUCAUCAACAUAAAUAUUACGAAUCCCGUAUAUUUGUUUAGCAUAGAUAAUUCAAGAGAUUUCAUGAAUAUAAUCACAGAUAACAAAUUUCUGGGAAUUACAUUAGAUGCAGAGUUAAUACCAUUAAAAGAUCAAUUUUACAUAUUUCAAUCUGAAAAAUUUAUAAAUAUGGCAAAAAAUUUGGGACCAUCAUAUUUGAGGAUGGGUGGUACAGCUGCAGAUAUGAUAGAAUUUAUUUUAGAUAAAUUUAACAAUACAUUUGAUCAGAAAUCCUUAGAUUAUGAAAAACAAAUUCAAAUAGAAUACAUUAAAAAUAAUGAUAUAACUUGUAAUUCAAUAAAUUUUGAUGAGUGUAAUGAUAAACAAACCACUAAUUUUAAUAAUCUUUCUACAUCCAUUCCUUUACAUCAAAAACUUUGGGAUAUGAUUAACAAUUUUAUCAUAGCUUUAGGUCCCCAAUGGGAAUUUAUUUUUGGAUUAAAUGCUAUGAUUAGAAAAGAAAAUGGAAAAUUAUGGGAUCCCACAAAUGCUCUAAAAUUAUUGAAAUAUUCCCAAAGCCAAAAUUAUCAUUUUCACCUUGAAUUAGGAAACGAACCAGGAGAAUAUCCAAAUGUUUUUAAAACCUGGAUAACACCUGAAGAUCUGGCAAAUGAUUUUAAAACAUUGAGAACAUUAAUUAUGCAAAAUGAUAAUUUAACAAAUUCAUCGUCAAAUUCAAAUAACCAAACUUACAAACCCGUAAUGAUAAUUGGGCCUGAUUUAGACAGAAUAAAUAACACUCGAGAUUCUCAAUCCUACCUAAUCAGAUUUUUAGAUCGAUUGGCCCAAAUUGAACCAAUUAAAAAUAAAUCGAGCAUAUUGGACAGGGUCUCUUGGCACCAUUAUUACAUAAGUGGUCCGAAAGCUAAAGCCGAACAAUUCAUCGAUCCCGACAUAUUAGAUACAUUGAAACCCAAAAUUGUUUCGGUUAAUCAAGUCGUCAAAGAUGGCCCUUUGCCAGAUUUGCAGGUUUGGUUAGGCGAGGGAAGCUCGGCUUGGAGCAGCGGAGCUCCCAACAUAACUGAUAGGUACAUUGCUGGGUUCAUGUUUUUAGACAAGAUAGGCUUGUGCGCGUUAAACAAUGUCAAAGUUUUUAUCAGGCAAGAUUUAUACUAUGGUCAUUACUCCCUCAUAGGAUUGGAUUUGAAACCGAAUCCAGACUACUGGAUAGCCGUUUUGUUCAAUCAAUUGGUAGGGGCCAAGGUCAUCCCUCUCCAAUUUCUAGAUAUCUACAGACAUAAUUUUGAAAGCGGAGGAUUUGACGCUUACAAUCAAGAUGCUCCAAAAUCUAACGCUGUUAGAAUAUAUGCCCAUUGCUCGAAACAAGAUCCUGGUGGGAUCGUUUUCUAUGCCAUGAAUCUAAACGAUAGGGAAAUUACGAUAAGCUUUAAUAGACAGAUGAUUUUCGAAAAUUACGGCCAACUCAAUAAAACGGAUCGAUUGUCUACCGCAAUCUACCUUGGUUCAGAACUUCAUCAAUACCUGUUAACGCCGGGGCUCACUUCGUCUACUUCAGAUGUUAAAGAUUUAUUAUCUCGCGUUUCUUCCCUCAACGGAAAAACUUUGAGGAUAUCUAGGAAAGGCUUUUUGCCGACAUUAAAACCAAAAAUUAUCAAAAACGACGUGAAAACGAGAGUUAACUUGGACAUAAUUCUUUCAGCCUAUUCUUACGGAUUUUUCGUUUACCCCUUAGCUAAUAUUGAAUACUGUUUGUAGUCGUAUAUAAGAAAAAAUAAAUUUAUAUAUUUUUGUUAGCGAAACUUAUAGGGGCUUUAAAAAAAUUAUUACAUUCUUUAAUAAAUGAUUCCUGAUGUUUUAUAGGAUUUAUA